AUGACUAAUACGAAUAAAUUAAACAAAACUCUUUGGACCAAUAUAACUCACCUUAAACUAUCGAAUAAAGAAGGCGUAUCAGUAAGAUUUUUACUUGAUAAAUCCCCAUUUGAUGAAGAUGAUGAUGAAACUUCGAUGAAAAACACUGAAUAUGUUGUCAUUGGACGAAUAUUACCAAACUCAGAUAUAUUCAAAGAAAGUGCAUUUCAAAUAGAAAUGAAAUUAACAUCAAAUUAUCCAUUUGAACCUCCUGAAGUUAGAUUUUUAACUCCGAUCUAUCAUCCAAAUGUCGAUAAAGAUGGUAAAUUUUGUCAUCCACUAUUGACAAAAACUACAAGAUGGAAACAUGGAACGACUUUAAUCGAUGUUGUUAAAGCCGUUGUUGAACAUAUUGACAAUCCAAAUAUUGAUUAUUCAGUGAAUCUCGAUAUAGGUAAAGAGUAUAUGGAAAAUAGAACGGAAUUCAAUCGAAAAUCUUUGGAAAUGAUUCAACGAUAUAAAUUACCUCGGAAUUAA